AUGAUCCCUAGGCUCCUUCCCCUUCUCUGCCUCCGGCUGUGUGUUGGGCAAAUAAGCAUUCCUGGCAAUGGGCCUCUCCCGAAGCCCAGCCUCAGUGCCUGGCCCAGCUCAGUUCUCCCCAGCAAGAGCAGUGUGACAAUGCGAUGUAACAGCCUUACCUCAAGUAAAUACUUCAUCCUAAAAAAGGAAGGUGUUGUUCUGGAUUCUGUGAAGCCUUAUAAUUUUUCAGAGGAGAUGGCUGAUUUCCAUAUCACUGAGUUACGACAGAAUGAUGGAGGGUACUACACCUGUGAAUACUACAGCAAAUGGCUCCACAGCACACUGGCACAGUCCAGUGAUGCCCUUCUCCUCUUGGUCACAGGGUACUUACCUAAACCUUCCCUGCAAGCCCACCACAGGGGCACAGUGACUGCAGGAAGCAAGGUGACUCUGCAGUGCCAGAAAGCAGGCAGUGUGCUUGGACCCAUACAGUUUGCGUUGCUGAAGGCGGGACGCUCAUUGCCUGUGCAGACGAGGAGCGCAACAGGAAUGGUAGUAGACUUCUCUCUUCAGAACGUGACAGCCGGAGACUCGGGGAAAUACAGCUGUGUAUACUACCAGGCGAAGGCUCCCUAUCGGGCCUCAACCCCCAGCGAUCUCUUUGAGAUCUCUGUGAUAGAGCCUCCAGAGCCUCCAGAGCCCCACGGUACCAUGACAGAAGACUACACCAUGGGCAACCUCAUUCGGAUUGGAGUAGCUGCUAUAAUCAUGCUGAUAAUGGGAGGUUUUCUGGUUGAAGCCUGGCAUAGCCAGAGGUUGUCUCCAAAUAGACCUUGUGCCCCAGGGGAAAAAUGA